AUGGAAGCGGAAUAUAAGCGCCUAGGAAAUAAAUGCAAUGUUCUCGUAAACAGAAUGCAAUCAUUAUAUGAGAAAUGCCAACAAAGCUGUCUAAAAUCUUCUAGAUCCGGAUAUUUAGCAAUGCAAGAUUAUUUACUAAAUUCAAACAAAGAAAAAACACAAGAAGAUAUUGAUUUUCUCUACAAUGAUGUAUAUUAUCCAAUCCAUUUGGGAAAUUUCUUUGGCUUUUCACAGCUAGUACAAAGUACAGGUUUCUUGCUUGGAUUUAUCUUCGAAAGGCCAGAUGUUUUGAUAAAGCUAAUCAAACAUAUACAGAAAAAGCCUCAAUUAAUGAAUAGACUGACAAAAUUUAUCAUUCCAUCGAUUUUUGGUUACUUUUGUUCAGAUGAACACCUCGAAUAUGCAUUUAAAUUCUACAGAUUAGUCAUUCAGGAGUGUGAUUCAAAGCUAACUUCAAUUUUACUACAAAAUUUUUUCUAUUCUCCAGUUAUGUACAGAUUCGUUGAAGCAUUCAUCAAACCAUUUAUAGAUGAGCUCGGAAUUUACAUAUUUUCAAACUGUUUGCAAGAUGUAAAAGAUUGUAUCGAAUAUUUUAGCGAAAAACUCAAAUCACAUAUAAUGGUAACAUCUCCACUUAUUAACCAUCAAGCAUACAUCAUUCUUAAGCACCUUAGCAGCGCUAAAUGGAAGCCAAAACAAGUUUGGGAGAUUUUCUGGGCAAAUGCAUGUCUUCCGAUCGCAAACAUGCUUCUAUCAACAUCAGUCAUCGCUUCUUACAAAAAUAUUUACAGCAAAAUUCUCAAAAAAAUCACAGAUUUUCGUGUUGAAAUUUUGAGAAAGAUUCUUUCAAAUUCCGGAUGCUACAAGGCUCCAAAAAUGGAUUCCCCGUCUGGUGUUACCGGAAUGCACAUCUAUGUCUGUCUUGAUGAAGUAAUUCAGAUUAUUGAUCUUCUUGAACAGACAAGUCUUCGUCCUGAUGUAUUUUCAUGCGACGAAUUCACAUCAUUUAGCGAAGAAGUCCGCCAAGGACAUUUCUGGUGCAUUGUUUACCCAAGAAAAGUUCAUUCAAAGCCAAAACCAGAGUACGAGUACUCUCUUUUCGAUGAUUCGUCGCUUGAUUUCCUCUAUUCGUAUCUCGAAGAGAAGUACAAACUGAAAACAAUUAUAGAUUGGCAAGAAAUUCUCAUAUCGAACGAGAAUUUAUGGUUCCAUUACAUAAUUGACCUUGUCCUUAGCAAGCAUCCCUUCGAAAAUACCCAUAUGUUCCCUGAAUCUUAUGCUCAUUUCUCAAAGAAAGUCGAUACAAACUAUAAAAAGCAAAUUCUUUACUUGAAACUGAUUGACAACUACUACGAACUUGAACACCAACAGAAUGAGAUCAUGUUUUGGAAGCUAGAUAAGAUGUGUGAAAAGGUUAUCCAAGAUUAUUCCGAAAAAGUUCAGAACUUCCUAGAUUUCAGUGCAAAAAUGAAGAGGCCAGAUGAUAUGCUAUUUUUCGAUGCUCUUAAGUCUAUUAAAUGCUUGGAUUGCUACAAUUUCUUUAAUAGAUACUUCCUUUUGAUCAGAAUUUUCAAACAGAUACUAAAGGUUGGCAAAGGAAGCUCCGAAUACUUCGUUCAGUUCUUCAUUCAGUGCGGAACUUUGACUUUAUUAUCAUCAAUGACAUUAUUAGGAAGUUUAUUGAUGAAAGCACCAGAAUUCGUGGAAACAUGCGAAGGAGAAGACGUAAAAGCAUGGGAUUUAGCUGAAUCAGCUUGGUUUUCAAUAAUUUCUUUGGAUCCUGUAUUGGCUGCUGGUGUUCAAGAGUUUUACUAUCUGUUGAUCAGUAACUUCUCUAAGGUAACCAAGAGAAUCAAACCAAUCGUUAUUGAAUACCAUUAA